GGUUAAGUGGAAAGUUUUUUUUUCCAAUAAGUGAAUUUCUUCGAAAAAUUCGGGUAAAUCGCACACAAAAAUUGUAGUUUUCGUUUGUUCACUAUGGCAUUAAGAAACAUGACUAGGGAGGACGUUUUCUUCGAGGAGGAAACACACUCUGAUCGCCUCUCCAGGAAAUCCCAGGAGGCCCCAAUGUUCCCUAUAGCAAUAGGGAUGUGUACAGCAGCAGUGGCUUAUGGGGCCUACCAAUUUAAAAACAGAGGGAAAAUGAGCACCAGCGUGUACCUGAUGCAACUCAGGGUGGCGGCACAGGGGGCUGCAGUGGGGGCCCUCACCCUUGGUCUCGCUUACACCAUGUACAAGAACUUCAUCGACAUUAAGGCGAAACAUUCCAAGUAAUGAGAGGCUGCCAUUGUAGUUGAAUCAAAUUAGGUGGUGAAGUGAUAAAAAGUAUUGUCCACUCACUUUUGUAAAUAAUUUAUUUGGACUUUGUUAUUUAUUAUCUCUGUUACUCACGUUGUGAUAAGUGUAAUACUUUGUUGUUACUGUUUCUUUUUUUUUUUUAGUGCUGUAGACCGAUGUUCAUUUAAUUUAUUAAAUUAACAUAUAUUUUGCUAAGUUA